AUGGCGGUCAUCAUGGCUGUAUCUCACGCGCUCCUGCUUUUGAAUCUGUUUUUGGCCGGUGUCCAGGCUCGCAACAACAGCACCGCAUCACCGGCAUACAAGAAUCCUCAUCUCCCGGUGGAGCAGAGAGUUGCAGACUUGCUGAGCCGGAUGACCCUCGAAGACAAAAUGGCUCAAUUGAUGCAGGGCGACAUCACCAACUGGAUGAAUGCUACGACGGGCGCCUUCAACUAUAGCGGUCUCGUGGAGAAUAUGCAGACGAAGGCGGGAAUGUUUUACGUUGGAUAUCCUGUCCCUUGGGACUGGCUCACAACCAACAUCCAGAGAGCGCAAAACUACCUGCUCGAGAACACAACACUAGGCAUUCCUGCCCUAGUGCAGACGGAAGGUAUUCACGGAUUUCUAAUCGGCAAUGCAACCAUCUUCAACUCUCCAAUUGGCUACGGAUCGUCCUGGAACCGCGACCUUGUCAGGAAGAUGGGACAGAUCAUCGCACAGGAGGCUCGCGCACUGGGCGUCACUCAGCUUUUUGCUCCUCUCGCAGAUCUUGCUCGCGAGUUGCGAUUUGGUCGAGUUGAAGAGACAACCUCCGAAGAUCCAUACCUAGCCGGUGAAAUCACGUAUAAUUACAUCAAGGGAUUGCAGAGCCUGAAUGUUUCCGCAACGGUCAAACAUUUCAUGGGUUUUAGCAAUCCAGAGCAGGGUCUCAACACGGGGCCGGUUCAUGGAGGGGAGCGGGAGCUGCGAACGACAUGGGCCCCAUCCUACAAACGAGCCAUUAUUGAUGCCGGAGCGUGGAGUAUCAUGAGUGCAUAUCAUAGUUACGACGGUAUUCCUGCAGUUGCAGACCACCACACUCUCACGGACAUACUGCGGGACGAAUGGGGAUACAAGUACUGGGUCACCAGCGACGCAGGCGGCACUGACAGACUCUGCACGGCCUUCAAGCUCUGCCAAAGCUCUCCCAUCGACUCGGAAGCCAUCACGCUGAAGGCGCUGCCGGCUGGAAAUGAUGUGGAAAUGGGAGGUGGUUCAUUCAACUUCAAGACAAUCCCCCAAUUAGUUCAGUCAGGAAAACUCGACAUCAAAACUGUGGACACCGCCGUCUCAAGACUUCUCCGCGCCAAGUUCGAGAUGGGCCUCUUCGAGAACCCCUAUCCCGGAGCACCGCAAAGUGAAUGGAGCAGUCUCAUCCAUACCCCCGAGGCACUGCAGGUGGCCCGGGAGUUGGACCGCGAAUCGAUCGUGUUGUUGGAAAACCACAACAACACGCUUCCACUCAAAAAGGGCGGGAGCAUCGCAGUUAUUGGACCUAUGGCUCACGGAUUUAUGAACUAUGGCGACUACGUCGUUUACAAAAGCCAAUACCGUGGAGUAACGCCUCUUGAUGGCAUCAAAGCCGCAGUCGGCAACACCACAACCAUCAACUACGCACAAGGCUGCGAGCGCUGGAGCAAUGAUCAGUCUGGAUUCCCCGAAGCAAUUGCUGCCGCGAAGAAGUCGGACGUGGCCAUCGUCAUCGUUGGAACGUGGUCGCGAGAUCAAACGGAGCUAUGGGAAGGGUUAAAUGCGACCACCGGUGAGCACGUCGACGAGAACGAUCUUCGACUCGUCGGUGCCCAAGCACCACUCAUCAAAGCCAUCGCCGACACUGGCGUUCCUACCGUCGUCGUCUUUUCCUCCGGAAAGCCCAUCACGGAACCCUGGAUCUCGAACUCGACCGCCGCUCUGGUCCAGCAGUUCUACCCAUCCGAACAAGGCGGUAAUGCCCUCGCGGAUGUCCUCUUCGGCGACUACAACCCGUCCGGCAAAUUGUCGGUAAGCUUCCCUCGAUCCGUUGGCGCCCUGCCCAUCUACUAUGAUUACCUCAAUUCGGGCCGGUCGAUCACCGAUUCUGGGUAUAUUAUCAGGGAGAACGACACUAUAGUCUUCGGACACCAGUACGUAAUCGGGUCGCCGCUGCCGUGGUACGAGUUUGGCUACGGGAAGAGCUACUCGACUUUCGAGUACGGUGCCGUCUCGCUGGAUCGCACGAAUGUGUCCGCCAGCGACACAGUUACCGUCAGCGUCGACGUGACCAAUACACAUCCGUCCCGCGACGGCACUGAGGUCGUCCAGGUCUAUGUCGUCGACGAGUACGCCUCGGUCGUGGUGCCGAAUCGGCAGCUAAAAGGGUUUGACAAGGUGUUCAUCCCCGCUGGUCAGACGAAGACCGUGCAGAUUCCACUUCAGGUCAGCGACCUGGGCCUGUGGGACGUCAAUAUGAACUACGUCGUCGAGCCGGGGGCGUUUAUCGUCCUGGUUGGAAGUAGUUCGGCGGACAUCAGGGGAAAUGCGACGUUUUAUGUGUCUUGA